AGUAUUGUUUUUAAUGGUACUGUUAACUAAGGAAGUUACUUGAUUUAAAAUUAUAUAUGCAGAAGAUGCAAAAAUAAAGAUGCAUAAAGGUUUAUGAUGAAGGGAAAAAAAUCUUCUGUGUUAUCAGUUUCUUGCUUAUUCCAGAAACCAUUCGUACUCUUGCAUGGGCACAAUUCAUUUUAAGUCGUCAGAGUUUUAGGACAGGCUGAUGGCCUUUGGACUUAACUUGUAUUUCCUCUGCUGUUAAAUUGUUAAAUAUUUUCUGUUGUUAAAUUACUGACUUUACUUAGUGUUUUGCUGCUCUUUAUUUUUGGCGGGGGGACAUUGCGAAGAUACCUGAUUUUAUGGGUCAUCCAUGGAUUCUGAAGCUUAGUACUGUCACAGAUAUUGUGGACGGAAGAGGUUAAAUACAUGUGGAAAGAAAAUGGGUGUGGACUGUAAACUUGAAAAAAAACUACAGAUGCCCAUAUGUACCUAAAUGUUACGUUAGAUUCUUUGUGUUAAAUUCACUUGAUGUUAGUGAAUUUAGAAUAUUAUAGAAAAAAAAUGCUACAGUGAAGAAUGGUAGGUUUGUAAAUAGAUCUAUUGUGAACACAUAAACUAUUUAGGGCAAUGGGACUGAAAGAACAGGGGCAGAAAGGACCAUUAGGGAAAAGGAAGAGAAGAUAGACAAAAGAAGCAGGGAAUGUAGGGACAUUUUCUCCUUUUUACUUAGAGUGGUAGUAGCAGUAAUAGUAGACUGGCUUUUGUUUCUGCUGUGUUACUACGUUCGAAUGAACUGAAAGAAUAACUUGGGCCAAUUAUUGUCCUGUGCCAGAGUACUGUAAAGCUAAAUAUGCUAGCUCAGUGACUUAGCUUUUGUAUUGAGUCCAGUUAUGCUCUUUUUAAUAUAUAAGUCAAAAUGGCUAAUACAAGGUUCAAUACAGGGGCUCCUGAGAAAGGUCUUUAAUAUUUAAGUAAUUUAUUGUCUUAUUUCUGAAUAAAGAAUUAUCUGUGUAGGAAGUUGAUGACUGCUCUUUCUCAUGUAGCCCCUACUAGAGAAUUUGUUUCCCUAGCAGGUGCUGUAUGCUUGUAGGUUACCCUUUGAAAGUACACAAGAUUUAUUGGUUUCUUAAAGAACUUUCUGCAUUGCCAUUUUUUUCUUUCCUCCCUCAUAAAUAUAUUUCCUUAAAAGGGUAUAAUAGAGAAAAAGAUCUUAGAAUUUUUAUUUUUUUAAUGACAUUUUAAUAGAAUCACUUAGGAAGCUGAGGCUGAAUAAAGUUGAAGCAACAGAGAAGCAGUUUAGAUGCAAAAUCCACAAGUAUUCAAGUAGUUGUUAAAGAGGGAGGCCUGAAGUUGAUUCAGAUCCAAGAUAAUGGCACUGGGAUCAGGAAAGAAGAUCUGGAUAUUGUAUGUGAGAGGUUCACUACAAGCAAACUGCAUUCCUUUGAGGAUUUAUCCAGUAUUUCCACCUAUGGCUUUCGGGGUGAGGCUUUGGCUAGCAUAAGCCAUGUGGCUCAUGUUACUAUUACAACCAAAACAGCUGAUGGAAAGUGCGCAUACAGAGCAAGUUAUUCAGAUGGAAAACUAAAAGCUCCUCCUAAACCAUGUGCAGGCAAUCAGGGGACCCAGAUCACGGUGGAGGACCUUUUUUACAACAUAUCCACGAGGAGGAAAGCUUUAAAACAUCCAAGUGAAGAGUAUGGGAAAAUUUUGGAAGUUGUUGGCAGGUAUUCAAUACAUAAUUCGGGUAUUAGUUUCUUGGUUAAAAAACAAGGUGAAACAGUAGCUGACAUUAGAACACUACCCAAUGCCACAACCGUGGACAAUAUUCGCUCUAUCUUUGGAAAUGCUGUUAGUCGAGAACUGAUAGAAGUUGGAUGUGAGGAUAAAACUUUGGCCUUCAAAAUGAACGGCUACAUAUCCAAUGCAAACUACUCAGUGAAGAAGUGCAUCUUCUUACUCUUCAUCAACCAUCGUCUGGUAGAAUCAACUUCCUUGAGAAAAGCCAUAGAAACGGUGUAUGCAGCUUAUUUGCCCAAAAACACACAUCCAUUCCUGUACCUCAGUUUAGAAAUCAGCCCCCAGAAUGUGGACGUCAAUGUACACCCCACAAAGCAUGAAGUUCACUUCCUGCAUGAGGAGAGCAUCCUGGAACGGGUGCAGCAGCACAUUGAGAGCAAGCUCUUGGGCUCCAACUCCUCCAGGAUGUACUUCACCCAGACUUUGCUACCAGGACUUGGUGGCCCCUCAGGGGAGGUGGUUAAAUCCACAACAAGUCUGACCUCAUCUACUUCUGGAAAUGGUGACAGAGUCUAUGCCCACCAGAUGGUUCGUACUGAUUCACGGGAACAGAAGCUCGAUGCUUUUCUGCAGCCUCUAAGCAAGCCCCUGUCAAGCCAGCCCCAGACCAUCGUCCCAGAAGAUAACACAGAUGUUUCUAGUGGCAGGGCCAGGCAGGAAGAUGAGGAGAUGCUUGAACUCCCAGCCCCUGUCGAAGUGGCUGCCAAGAAUCAGAGCUUGGAGGGGAAUGCAUCAAAGGGGACUUCAGAAACAGCAGAGAAGAAAGGACCCACUUCCAGCCCAGGCAACCCCAGAAAGAGACUUCGGGAAGACUCUGACGUGGAAAUGGUGGAGGAUGAUUCCCGAAAGGAUAUGACCGCAGCUUGUACCCCCCGGAGAAGGAUCAUUAACCUCACCAGUGUUUUGAGUCUCCAGGAAGAAAUUAAUGAGCGAGGACAUGAGAUUCUACGGGAGAUGUUGCAUAACCACUCCUUUGUGGGCUGUGUGAAUCCUCAGUGGGCCUUGGCACAGCAUCAGACGAAGUUAUACCUUCUUAACACCACCAAACUGAGUGAAGAGCUAUUCUACCAGAUACUCAUUUAUGAUUUUGCCAAUUUUGGUGUUCUGAGGUUAUCGGAGCCAGCGCCACUCUUUGACCUCGCCAUGUUGGCCUUAGACAGUCCAGAGAGCGGCUGGACAGAGGAAGAUGGUCCCAAAGAAGGACUUGCUGAAUACAUUGUUGAGUUUCUGAAGAAGAAGGCUGAGAUGCUUGCAGACUACUUCUCUUUGGAAAUUGAUGAGGAAGGGAACCUGAUUGGAUUACCCCUUCUGAUUGACAACUAUGUGCCCCCUUUGGAGGGACUGCCUAUCUUCAUUCUUCGACUAGCCACUGAGGUGAACUGGGAUGAAGAAAAGGAAUGUUUUGAAAGCCUCAGUAAAGAAUGUGCCAUGUUUUACUCUAUCCGGAAGCAGUACAUAUCUGAGGAGUCGACGCUCUCAGGCCAGCAGAGUGAUGUGCCUGGCGCCACUCCACACCCCUGGAAGUGGACUGUAGAACACAUUGUCUAUAAAGCCUUCCGCUCACACCUUCUGCCUCCUAAACAUUUCACAGAAGAUGGAAAUGUCCUACAGCUUGCUAAUCUGCCAGACCUAUACAAAGUCUUUGAGAGGUGUUAAAUAUGGUCAUUUAUGGACUCUGGGGUAUGUUGUUCUUUCUUUGUAGUUCAGUGUUGUAGCACUUAAAGUUUAAGACUCACAUCUGCCUUCUAACUAGUAGCAUUCCUUCAUGCAUGGUGGAUUGAUUAUAAAUAAAUUGUCAGAUGUAUUCUAA